UUCUUCCAAUACGUCACCACCAGUAUAGCCCUUCCUUUUCGAUUCUUGAACUUCCAUAAAGUAUAGCUCAGAUAUUCAUUACUCUCUCUCUCUCUCUCUCUCUCUCUCUCUCAAAUUGCUUUUUUAUAAUAGAAAGAAAAUGGCAAGCCAAGGUAAAGAAGGAUAUGGAGUUUCGGAACAGUGGAUUGACUGUGAAUUCAAGGUGGUGCUGAUAGGAGACUUUGAGAUUGGGAAGUGUAAGACACUGGCAUCUUAUGAACGCAAAGAGACUGAACCUGGUACCUUCAUUGUCAAGUACGAGACCCAAACCCUUCACAUCGAGAAAAAGAGUGUCAAGGCCUAUAUCUCGGGCAUCAUUCCCACAAAACAAAACAAUAUAGAUUCAAAUGCAGAUUAUGCUGAUGGGGUAAUACUGGUUUACGACAUAACUAACCACACGAGUUUUGAUGGCAUGACUCCUUUCCUGGAAGAGCUGCGUCGCCAUGCAAAGAAGAGACAAGCUAUCAUUCUGAUAGGGAACAAAAGUGAUUCCGAGAAAGAUCCUGAAGUUACAAUAGAGGAAGCUCGUGUAUUUGCUGAGAAGAACAAUUUGAUUUUCCGGGAGAUGUUGGCAUUGGAAGGAACUAAUUUUGAUGAUGCCUUAAAGGAUUUGUUGACACAGCUUGUGAACAAUACCGGCACCAAUACCAUCACCACCACCGCCACCAGUACCACCACCUCCAAUAUCGCCACCAACGAUAAUACCAACAAUUGGAAUCUCACUGUUCAUGUAAACAUAGGGAAAUAAGUCAGUUCAAUUCUGUGAAUGCGCAUGUGAGGAGUUUCAAGAUUAUGGGGGAGUUUAUGAAAUAAAUGCAUGGGGAAGUUCUUAGAUGUUAUGUAAUAAAUAGAAUGAAUGUUUUGAUAAUGCAGGCUAAAUAAAGCCAUGCAUCUAUCCUUUCCAGGAGCAAGAGUGAAAGAAGAGAAACACAAUAACAAAGUGUUCUACUCCUCUUCCACCCUCCAUUCUAUCUUUCUCUAUGUGCUUUGUGAGUGUGAGUCUUUCUUUGAGUGGUUUGAGUGUUUGGAAGUGUGAGUGUGUGUGCUGGGAUUAGUUUCCUAAAAUCACAAUGUAUGGAUUUAUCUUUCUAAUAAAUAUUUUUUUAUAUAUGAGAUUAUUUGUGUUUGAAAAUUG